AUGGACACGGAGUUGUACGUAGACCCAGGAAACAACAAUCCUCCUACCCCGGUUAAGAAGAAGUGGGGCAGCUCUGGCGGUCUCGAGAGCGUCCAGGAAAACGAGGGUGACGAUGUCCUUCCAAUCCCUCAGGAGGUGAAGGACCGUGGCAGGAGGAGGUCCUGGCAUCCUGGCAAACUGGACAAGGAGAGGAAGAGGAGGAAGAGUUUGGCACCAGGUGGCGCUCCUAGGCAACAUAGAAACUCCUGGUGGUCCAUUUUCACAGAUCAGAUCAUACGGUAA